UGCAUUUAUCGAUUAUUUACAUUUUCGUACCCAAUGCCGCAAAGGCAGUACGUAAUACGUGAAAAGAUUCAGAUAUCGUUAUGAGUUACCACCGGUCAAAUUACAAGUAUACGUCCACAAAUUAUCAAUCAAGAUCAUCGCGUCUAAACGAUGCAGGCCCUGCGAAGUAUUCCUCAACAAGAGAUCCACCUCCACCCGGUACCACCUAUCCAGUUGUACCUCCAUCAAAUCAACAUUCCUUCCCGAUCCAACCACCAAAUUUUAGUGUUCCUCCUCCGACCCUUCCGGCUGUAAAACCAGCCUACAAAACAACGCACUAUCAAACAGCACAACCGGAAGGAAGUUCUUAUCAGAAACAUUCGGAUAAAUCUCAGCAGAGUAACCAACAUUCAUCGACAUCUUCAUACUACCGCUCCUCGUCUUCGAUUUCCAGCAGGUUUGCCGAUAGAAAAGACAGACCUACAAGUAAAUAUUCCGAGCAAACGAAAAGAGAUACCUAUAGAAACCGGGUGUCUCCCUCUCGGAGGGAACCUCCUUAUCAUGGAGGUCGUAGCUACUCUGUUCCCAAUCGUAAUCACGAUCGCCACAGAUCAAGCAGUCGAGAGCAGGAUCGUACAUCAAGGUCAUCCUCUUACAUGGAACAACAGAGAAACGAUGCAUCGGCCUCAGAUGCCGGUAAAGAGCGUCCGGCACGCGUUUCUAGAUUUAAGUUGGAUUCUGAGCGGGCAGCAAUUCUGUCUAACUGGCGCAAAAACUAUUGUGAAACGCCAGAUGAUAUUCGGCGGAAGCUGGCCGAGUUGAUACGUAACGAGGAAAAAACAAGCUGGGUACGAUCUUCUCCGGCAGAUCUGUUCUAUCGGCGGCUGUCUGAUAAAGUUGUGGAAUCGACACAGCGCCUGGAUGCGCUUUGUGGUCUUUUCGAAACAGAACUGCUGGAACGUGCGGACAGAGCGCGCGCAAAGCAAACUCCAUAUCAACCGCCUCCUAGAAAGCAGAAGGUUCGCAUUUGUCGCCACAAGACGGAUAGGUGUUCCUCAUCCGAUUCGUCAGAGGAUGAGAUUAACUUCGAGGAUGAAUGCAGCAUGGAGGAACUCACGGCUAAAAUUCAGCAUCCGUACAGAUUACACGUUGAUUUGUGGUAUAAUGACCCAGGUGAGAUGAACGAUGGACCGCUUUGUCGAUGCUCUGCACGAUCUCGCAGGACAGGAAUUAGACACGGAAAAUACCCUGGCGAAGUUGGGUUCAGCAAAUGUUUGCCGAAUGCUAACAACGCGGAUAAAUUGUACCACUAUCGAAUUACUAUCUCUCCGCCAACUAAUUUUCUCACCAAGACUCCAACUAUUAUCAAACACGAUCAGCAUGAGUUUCUGUUCGAGGGAUUCUCGCUUCUCUCGCACCAGCCAAUCGGGGAAUUGCCAACUUGCAAAGUUAUUCGGUUUAAUAUCGAGUAUACCAUUCUUUACAUCGAAGAACAAAUGCCUGAAAACUUCACUAUUCGCGAGUUGGAUUUAUUCGAACGGUUCCUCUUCAAAGAAUUGCUGGAGCUGGUGGAUUUUACGGUUUAUCCAUCCGGUGCUAACACGGAGGAAUCUUGCCCAUGCUAUCAUUUUCUGCCACGGUUUGUUCGUGAUCUUCCCGAUAACGGAAAGGAAGUGCUGGCAAUGAGUGAGGUUAUCCGAUACUUGUUGGACAAUUCCGGUCCACUGGUCGCUCCCGACAUACUGAAGGAGAUGAAUGAGAUGAGUCAAAUCGAGUGGCAGGAUUAUGUCGAUUAUGUGAAAGGGAUGGUGGUUACCAAUCCUGGUAUGAAACCAUGUUCGGUACGAGUUGAUCAGCUCGAUCGAAACGUCACGGACGUUCCAGAGGUGAAUCUAACUGACGAGGAUGGGCUUGUGCAUCCGGUGAUUGUUCAUUUCGGGAUACGGCCGCCCCAGUUGAGCUAUGCUGGUAAUCCAGAGUAUCAGAAAGCAUGGAGGGAAUAUGUGAAAUUCAGGCACCUGAUUGCCAACAUGUCGAAACCUUCGUUCGAUGAUAAACGAAAGCUGGAAGCGAAAGAGAACCGUCUGCUGGAAAUGCGAACACAGGGCAGAAUGAAGCGAAACAUUACGGUGGCCGUCAGUGCCAAAGGUUUCCAUCGGACGGGAAUUAUGUGUGAUAUGGUUCAGCAUGCUAUGGUUAUCCCGGUGCUGAUUGGCCAUUUGCGGUUUCAUCGUUCGUUGGAUGUGCUGGAGAAGUAUAUUGAUUACACGUUCAAGAACCGAUACAUACUGCAGCUGGCGCUGACCCAUCCGUCGUACAAGGAAAACUUCGGCACCAAUCCGGACCACGCCAGGAAUAGCUUAACCAACUGCGGAAUACGACAGCCAGAAUAUGGGGACAGGAAGAUACAUUUUAUGAACACACGUAAGCGGGGCAUAAAUACGUUAAUCAGCAUUAUGUCACGCUUUGGCAAGGAGAACGAAACGGACAGCAACAUCACGCAUAACGAACGGUUGGAAUUUUUGGGCGAUGCUGUGGUGGAAUUUAUUACUUCUAUUCAUCUGUUCCACAUGUUUCCGGACCUAGAGGAAGGCGGACUAGCGACAUACCGUGCUGCCAUAGUCCAAAAUCAACAUCUCGCUGUACUUGCGAAAAAGCUUCAUCUGGAGGAGUUUAUGCUGUAUGCGCACGGUUCCGAUUUGUGUCAUGAGUUAGAGUUGCGUCAUGCUUUAGCCAACUGUUUUGAAGCACUCAUGGGUGCCCUUCUGCUGGAUGGAGGCAUCGAGAUGGGCGAUCGCGUCUUUGCGUACGCUUUGUUCCAGGAGGACGAAAAUUUGCGCAACAUUUGGGUCAACUAUCCGCCCCAUCCGCUACAAGAACAGGAGCCAUUGGGAGAUCGCCAUCAUGUAGAGUCAUUCGAAAUGUUGAAAACAUUGACCAAGUUCGAGGACAGUAUUGGUAUAAAAUUCAAUCACAUUCGUCUAUUGGCUCGAGCGUUCACCGACAGGUCGAUUGGUUUUACUAACUUAACGUUGGGGUCUAAUCAACGAUUAGAGUUUCUAGGUGAUACUGUAUUGCAGUUGAUUUGCUCGGAAUAUCUUUACAGACACUUUCCAGAACAUCAUGAAGGACACUUAUCGCUGCUGAGAAGCUCGUUGGUCAACAAUCGAACCCAGUCGGUGGUUUGUGAUGAUUUAGGGAUGACAUCGUAUGCCGUUUACUCGAAUCCCAAAGCCGAUCUGAAAACCAAAGAUCGAGCCGAUUUGCUGGAAGCAUUUCUUGGUUCACUCUAUGUGGACAAGGGCCUAGAGCACUGUGAAACAUUCUGCCAUGUUUGUUUGUUCCCGCGACUGCAAGACUUCAUCAUGAAUCAGGAUUGGAACGAUCCGAAAUCAAAACUGCAACAGUGCUGUCUCACACUCCGAACGAUGGAUGGUGGAGAACCCGAUAUUCCGAUCUACAAAGUUAUCGAGUGUAACGGACCUACCAAUACUCGGGUGUACACAGUUGCCGUAUACUUCCGUGGGAAACGACUUGCAUGCUCGAACGGUCACAGCAUCCAGCAGGCCGAGAUGAAUGCGGCCAAGCAAGCAUUAGAAAAUUCUAAAGAUUUAUUCCCGCAGCUGGAUCAUCAGAAAAGAGUGAUUGCCCAGAGCCUGAAACGCCAAAAAGUACGAAGAUCAUCGACGGAUGAGCGACACAAUAAACGAAAAGGAAAUUCAUCAGAUUCAUCGGAUAGCGAUGAAAACUCAAGCGAAUCGCUUCAAAGAAGACGCUGGAAGAUGCCGGAAUUACCGACACUACCCAAACAGUAUCAACUUAAAGACAGUGAAAGUGAUGAUGAUGAUAACGAUGACGGUCGACAGAGAAAAAAGAAAGAACAGUCCAGAGUUGGGAAAGAAACGCGUUCUCUGAAGCAUUCAGUCACGCAGGAAACCUCGACCGACAAUAUAAGUAACUUGGUGGAGCAGUACGAUUCUUUAUCGGAUGAUAUGGAUCUACAAUUAGAGGAAAUUUCAGAAUCUGAAGAAGAUUUUUGUGACAAGUUAGUUAAAACAGAUCAGCACGACGCUAGCAUGGCUUCUGAUGUGAGCAAAGAUGAAGACCCUGAAACGGAAAAGGCUAGCUUUAUAACUGCACUACAAGCCAGUUGCAAUUUUGUCAAUUCAGUUCAGAUGUUUAAGGUUGAGGGAACCGAUGACGUUUCAUCCGAUUUAGAAUCUGGAGAAAUUGAGUGAUAGUUGUAUCAAUCACAGUACAUUAUCCAAUAAAGAAUCCAUUAAAA